CUGCUCAUGGUGCUGGCCACAGCCGUGGACGAGCUGCCCCCCGACGCCGCCCUGCUGCUCUACCUCUCCGCCACCGCCACCCUUGCUGCCCCCCCCGCUGCUGCUGCCCCCUCCCUGCCCCCUCCGCGUCCACCCCCGACCCCUCUGCCGCAUCACCUGCUGCCCCCGCCGUGGCGAGCAGCAGCAGCAGUGUGUCGCGAGAGGAAGGUGGGCUGGCAAGCGGCCCUUCAGGCGACGCAGCAGCUUCAGCCGCUGCAGAGGCCGGCGCACGGCCAGGGGAAUCCAAGCAGUGCAGCAGCAGCGCAGCAGAUGCGGGCGGGGGGGCAGUGCAGAGGGGCAAGGCACAGAGGGUCAGACGGGCAGCAGAGCACGAGGUGAUGGGGGCGAGGGGGAUGGAGGCAGGGGGGGGGACGGGGUGUGGUUGCGGAUGGGCGUGGGGCCAGAGGAGGCACACAUGUGCUACCUGCGGGCAUCUGACAUCCUGCCCUUCACCCGCCGGCCACUUGUGCUCAUAGUGGAUAGUGACAACAGCAUGGCGUUUGAGUGGGUGCAUGGCAGGGAGCGCGGACAGCCGUGCGCCAUGCUGCUGUCACCCCGCCUGCAGCCCGACAUCAGCUCGGCCCCCCGCCCCUCGCGCUCCCAGCCCUCCACCACCGCCACCGCCACCGCCACUGCUGAAAUGGCGUCCUCAGCCUCCGCUCAACCUGCCUCUGCUGCUGCUGCUGCUGACAUGGGCGCAGAGGCGCCCUCAGCUCACCCCACUGCCGGCCCGUCCAGCCCCUCCUCUGCCCUCUCCGCUGCGCCUGCUGCUCCUGCUGCUGCUCCCCCUGCCUCCUCCACCUCCUCCUCCCCCCUGUCCCUGGCCACGGCCACGCACCUGGCGGGCGGCAACCUGUUCACGCUCUUCCUCACGGCCCCCCUGCAGGCCUUCUGCCGCCUCACUGCCGUCCACCUGCCCGAUGUCCCCAAGGAGCGGUACAUGGCGUGGGAGCGGCACCUGGCCAUGCUGCUGUCGCAGUGGGGCUCCUCUCUCGCGGCGUGCCCCACACUGCCCCUGGCGUGGGCGCGCCUGCUGCUGGACCCCUUCCUGCGCCUCUUCCUCCUGCGUUUCGUCUUCGCCCGUGCUGUGCUCGCGCUGCACGUCUCCUAUGCCGCCCGCCCAGCCUUCCACCCACACUGCUGCCCACCCCUGCCGGCCACAAUGCUCCCCUCCCACCCCGCGAUCCACUCUGCCGUCCGCCACCUCGCUCAGCAGUGCGGUGUUGCCGCCCAGUUCCCGCCGCCCAGUAGCAGCCCGUGCCCCCCACAAGUGACAGAAAAGCGCGGCGAUGGAGAGGUGGUGGUGGGUGGUAGUGCUGUCGGUGCUGGUGCUGCUGGUGCGGCCAGUGGGGAGGAGGGGGGAGCAGAGGGACGCGGUGAGAGCGGGGAGGGCAUGGAGAGGGGGGGCAGCAGGGACGCAGAGUCAGGCAGCAGCGCAAUCACAGGUGCAGGCACAAGCAGUGGGAGUGGGGUGGACACUGGGAGUGAGGGUGGGAGUGAGGGGGGGAGGACAGUGAGUGUGGAGGAGAGGAGGCGGCAGUUUGCAGCGGGGAGGAUCGGAGGGGUGCCGGUGCUGGGCGGCAUGGGGUUUGAUUCCUUCAGGCAGGACACUGUGGUGGGGGGGGCUGGUGCUGUGCAGGGUGGGGGAGAUGCAGAGGCUGCGUGGGAGCAGCCGGCAGUGGGGGAUGAGGGGUGACGGGUGGUGGAGGGAAGCGGUGGGGUGGGGGUGUGUGUGUUGUGGGGCGUGAAGAGCGGGGGUAUUUCUUGGAGGCAGGAGCAGCUUGUGCCGUGUCCUGUACCAUGCGCUGUGCGGUGUACCGGUAUGUGUGAAGAAGCCUUGAACAAGGAAUGUCAGUCAAGUCAAACCCAGUCAAUUGCCAUCCAGCCUUGGCGACAGCCAGAGGGUGAGAGAGUGUCCGGCAACACCUGCUGAUGAUGGCCACGUAGGCCAGCAAGUGCAGUCCGGUUCCACACUGCCCGCCUGACCAAAUUGCAGAAGCGCAUGGAAUGCGGAGGGCAGCAGUGGACAAUGGCCAAGCCAAGGCUACCCACCCACACAUGGCUACAAGCUCUACGGGUGCAGCAGCUAUCGUAGUCGCGUUGCGUUGCGUUGCAUGGCUCAUGCGGCAGAUGGGCUUCAUGCAGUCCCAAAUGUUGGGCACCACUUGGCAGUGGUGCAGGUGCUUUGCCUGUUGGGCCCCUGCAGGCGGUGCCAGCCAACAAC